GUAUGUUUCCUUGGGUGUGUCUGGCCACGUUGCCGGUGUUCUGCAGGACCUCCUGGCCUCGACCUCUCCUGGCCUCCGUCACCGCCCUCUUGCCUCGUAGACGACCAGCUGUAGGAAGUGGCAGGCCUGGACCAGCUGUUGAAGGUGGCAGGCUUGGGCCAGCUGUUGAAGGAGGCAGGCUUGGACCAGCCGUUGGAGGUGGGAAGCCUGGACUAGUUGUAGGUGGUAGCAGGCCUGGACCAGCUGUAGGUGGUGACAGGACUGGACCAGCUGUUGGAGAUUGCACAAGGACCACUGCGAGAACAAAGGGAGAGGCAGAUGAAAGUCCAAGUAAGCAAAAGAAGAAUAUUAACGGAGAACGAACAGAAACUAAGAUAUGCAAGACGGAAGAAUUUGGCCAACGCAUUACACUUAAGAGGAACCCUAACUGCUACUACCCAGGGGAGGGCGGCAGUGUGACAGGGAGACAGAAGGUGACCAGCGUGGCGGUGAUGUUUUACGUCUCUGUACAACUGUUGCUGCCCUUCUCCCACUCCAUCACCAAGGGUUAUAAUACCUGGACCGACGGACCUUAUGGGUACAGCUGGGACAUGAUGGUCCACUCGUGGGACACCCUGCACGUCAAGGUCACCGUCGUCAGGAGUGGCACAGGAGAAAAGCUCUACCUCGACCCUAAUGUGUGGGUGAGAAACACUAGGUGGACGGGACACGUCGACCUGGCAGUACAGUACGGCGAGUGUGUGAAGCAGAGGCUAAAAUCCAAGGGUCUUAACAUUUCUGCUCUUUAUCUGGACGUCUGGAAGUCUCUCAAUGGCAGGUUCCAGCAGCGAGUCUUCCAGCCUAAUGUAAACAUCCUGGAAGCUCCUUGGUCACCUUGGAAACAGACGUCGUGGGUGUUACCAGUCGUGGCUGACUUAAGCGCCUGGAGAGAUCGACUAGAGGACUUGCGUUACAGCCUCGACCACCACCACCCGGCUACUGAUGCUAUCUUCGUUGCAGACUUCCCCGGUCUUACCCUGGACAGCUACCUCAGUGAUGACUUGACCAACGUUACUCUUGAGGUUCUUCAAGGUCAAGUGACGGUACUCUUACCCUGCGGUGAUGGUGGUGAUGGUGGUAGUUGUCAUGGUGGAGGUUGUGAUGAUGAUGGUUAUGAUUAUGCUGGUUAUAGUGGUGGUGGUUGUGACGAUGCUGAUUGUGGUGGGGGCGGUUGUGAUGAUGCUGAUGAUUGUGAUGGUUUUGUUGAUGAUGGAGGUCAUGUUGUUGGUGCGAGUGAUGUUGAUGUUGUUGGUGAAUAUGGUAGCAAUAGAAAUUAUGGUGAGGAUAGUGUUAGAGGUAGUGGGCGUGAUGAUGUGGGAAGUGGUGAGGUUGGAGGGAAGGGUGGUUAUGGUGGUGAUGUUGGUGGAGGUUAUGGUGGUGAUGCUGUUUGUGGUGGUGAAGUUACUGAUGGUGGUUGUGAUGAUUGUGGUGAUGAUAAUUAUGGUGAUGUUGGUGGAAGAGACGUUGGUAGAGACUAUGGUGGUGACGUUGUUGUUGAAGGUGAAGUUGGUGAUGCUGGUGCCUCGUGUGGUGAGGUAAGGCAUCGUGUGGCAGGGCUAUAUACACCACUAUAUUCCUCAACUCAUGUCGUGGACACUCACCAAGACGUCGUGGACACUCACCAAGGCGUCGUGGACACUCACGAAAACGUCGUGGACACUCACCAAGGCGUCAUGGACACUCACGAAAACGUCGUGGACACUCACCAAGGCGUCGUAGAAACUCAGCAAGACGUUGUAGACACUCACCAAGACGUCGUAGACACUCACCAAGACGUCUCUGGGGGUGAAAACAAGGAGGACAGUGACAAGGGAGAGAACACCAACACCCAUGAUCAAGAGAAGACUAAAGCCUCGUCCAUGGAAAUUCUAAACAAUACUGAUAAUUUUGACAAAGCGCAAACUGGCUCUGUCUACGCGACUCCUCCAUUUUCUCGCACUGGGCCUGGAAAGAGUCAUUGUUCGGUGGUCCUAAAAGUCGGGGAUAAGAUUGUUCUGCCGCGCGGAUCAUUUCACUCCGUCACUACCACCUCCCCACAACCUUCCUCCUAUAUGUAUCUAUUCACCAACACAACCUUGCUGGAGGUGUACCGCCGGGCUUUGAGGGAAGGUACACAUGAGUCAAUUGGAGCCACAAGAACGCAGACACAAAUAUUCGUUCAUAGAGAGAGUCUGGAUGGCCAGAAUUUACAGGCACAGCGCUUUAAAGAACAACAGAAUAGAGAGCGUAAGGAUGGGGAUGAACCGGAAGGAAAGGAUAAAGUCCCGAGUGAAGGAAGAGAAACUGAAAGAGAGGACAGUAAGAAGAGGAUAACUCAUCAGGUAAAUAUGUACCAAGACUCAUUCGGUGAUAUCCCGACGUGGCAGGAUUUCACGAAUUUUGUGUUGUGGAAGUGGGCGACGUUUAAGCGCAGUGGGAGUCUGUUAGUGUCGGCGUGUCGUAGUGUUAUCAGCGGGACGCCUAUGACGUUCAAGUAAUACGAGAAGUUUUGUCACAUAACUCUAAUGAAUGACAGUUUAACUUUCUGAUGUGAAUAUACUGUACUUGAACUCUCUCAGCUGUUGCCCUUCAAGUCUACGAAAUUCCACUGGAUUUGAAUAUUCUACUAAAUGAAAUAGUCAUUAUUUUCUCAUCUCAUCAUUACUUCACCAGUGGCAGUAGAUUAAGUAAACAAAUAUAUUGUAGUGAGCAAAGCCAUCUGACAGGGUGUUAAACGUCAUAAACGUCAUGUAGUCACUGUUGAAGCCUGAAAUGUAUCCUGUAAUAUUAAUAAAUUGUCUCAAAAUC